UCCACAACUUCUCUGGGCAACCUGUUCCAGUGUUUUGACACCAUUACAGUGAAGAAUUUCUUCCUAACACCUAAUCUAAAUUUCCCCUCUUCCAGUUUAAAGCCAUGCCCCCCUGUCCCAUCACUACACGUCCUUGUAAAAAAAUUCCUCAUACACAUAAAUAAUCGCGUAGUUUUCUGCUGUGCUUGGCUCAGUCCUGGCUUCACCAGCUUCAAAAAUACAUUGCUUUCCCCGCUAAGAAUCAAAACUCCUAGAAUCAGUACGUUUCAAGCCCCUGAACGUCUGCUUUUGGCCGAAUUCGUUCCUUUCAAGCCCAACAAAGCCUCUAUUUGUGAUUCCCAUUCCCAUCACACUUCCAUCUGCAUAAUCACAACCCUGGCACCACCAGGCUCUAAUUACGCGGCUCACGGGAGGAGCAGCGCCCUGGGCCAGCUCCAGCGCGCAGGCGGGGUCCGGGGACGGCACCUUUGUUUAAUGACGGGGGUUGAGCCGGUCCCGGGGGUGCCCGCGGAGCUCCCUAGGGAGGCGGCCCCGCCGUCCUUCCCCCGGGCCGAUGGCGAGGGAGCCGGGCGCCUCUUUGUUCCCGCCGCGUGCGUGUGCGCGGCGCUCGGGCUGCCAGAGUGGGAGGGGAUGAGGGGAUCCCACCCGCGUCCUCGCCGCCACUGA